UAACGUUACAUACAGCCGAUCAUUUGUUCGUGAAAAUCUUAAUAUUGAUUUGGGGACAAUGACAUGACUGGUUAGCUCGCUGGUCUCGUUAGCUAGCAUGCUGUCAAAUUAUAUUUACUGUUUGUCAACCGUACGCAAUGUUAUUGACUUUGAAUCUUGUUAGCAUAGCGUUAGCUUUCUGGCUCAUCGCUCAGCGGACUAGAAUAUCUCCCGUUGCUAAGGCCUAUGGUCCGUCCUAUUUACUGGAGGAGUGAACACCGCUUCCGUUGCAUAACAACCUUAUGGGAGGGAAAUGAUUGUUCCAGGUUUUAGUCAAACCCUCAGGCAUUACCAGGGAAACUUAGUUAGGGCUUGUGAAAAACUUUAUAUUUUGAUUGUAAAACGCACGGAAAUAUAAAUUAAUGGUCUUAAUUUAUUUUCUUUGGCAAGUAACCAUGGUAUAAGCGGGAUAAUGCCCUUCGAGGUGUCCAUAAAUAGGAGUUAAUGGACUUCGCGGAGGCAGCCGUCCUCUGCUGCGCGUCCGACGGUUCUUAGACCUCCGCGUCGUCCAUUAACUCCUGUUUAUGGACACCUCGUCGGGCAUUAUCCCUUACUUAAAUCCCCCAAGUAAUACCAGUCCCAAGUUAAUAGUAUGUAAAAGUAUGUAACCAGCUGUGUAUGUAGCGGAGCAUUUAGCAUUAAAGUUCCAGAUGUUUCUUUGAGGAGUGAGUGGAGACCAAACCAUCUCUGUACACAUGAAAUGCUGUAGACACUCAUGGGCAGCCUGGGUGUUUGGGCUGUGGCUGUGGCCGCUCUGCUGGGAUCCUCAGGGUGCUGGCUCGCUGAAGGGCACAAGAGCAGCAGGCGAGGCAGCGUGGAUACAGCCGGCGUGUCACACAGCUCCUCGCAGGAACCACGCUCCAUGGAGAAGGGGAAAGCAGACGGGAACAUCGAUCAAUCCCUCUCUGACCCAGACGGAGAUCCCUGCCGGAGGACUUACUGUGGGAGGGGUCGACAGUGUGUGCUGAUGGCAGAAACCGGCCGCGCCGAGUGUGUCUGCCAGGAGAAAUGCCGGCCCUCCUUCGUGCCAGUGUGUGGCUCGGACGGCAGGUUCUACGAGAACCACUGCGAGGUCUACCGCACCGCCUGCCUGGAGAGGAGACGGAUCUACGUGGUGCACAGCAAGGACUGCUUCUUUAAAGGUAAUGCGUGCACCAUGUCGGAGUACAACAAGCUGAAGAGCAUGCUGCUGGAUAUGCAACCGAAAGUGCUGAAGACAGACGAAAAGAGCCAGCAGAGGGACAUGGAGGAGAAGAGAGCGCUGGUGGACACCAUGUUCAAAUAUCUGGAUGUGGACCAGGACGGCCGGCUGGUCAGUGAUGAGCUGGAGAAGAUCUCCAUGAAGGAACACUUGGAGGACAACCUGCUUGAGUGCACCAUGCAGGACCUGCUGCGUUAUGACGACUACAACAAUGAUGGACACCUCAGCCUGCAUGAGUUCUACACGGCUUUCCAGGUUGUGCAGCUGAGCCUGGCGGAGGACCAGCAGAUCAGCGUCUCCACUGUGACCGUGGGCCUCAGUGCUGUCCUUACCUGUGCUAUCCAGGGGACGCUGCGCCCGCCGAUCAUCUGGAAGAGAAACGGCAUCGUACUAAACUUUUUGGACCUGGAGGAUAUCAAUGACUUUGGGGACGAUGGCUCCCUGUACAUCACCAAGGUGACUACCAUCCACAUGGGGAACUACAGUUGCCAUGCCUACGGCUAUGAAGACCUCUAUCAGACACAUGUGCUGCAGGUGAAUGUCCCUCCAGUGAUCCUGGUCUAUCCAGAGACGCAGGCCCAGGAGCCCGGGGUGUCUGCCAGCCUCCACUGCCACGCCGACGGCAUCCCGAAUCCCAAACUCCUCUGGCUGAAGAACGGCAUGGACCUGCAGCCCAGAUCCUCCAAACAGCUCUCUCUCAUAGCAAAUGGUAGUGAGCUCUUCAUCGGCAGCGUCCGGUACGAGGACACCGGAGCCUAUACCUGCAUCGCCAAGAACGAGGUGGGGGUGGACGAGGACAUCUCCUCGCUGUUUGUUGAAGACUCGGCCAAGAAGACCCUUGCAAACAUUCUGUGGAGAGAAGAAGGGCUGAGUGUGGGGAAUAUGUUCUACGUGUUUUCAGAUGAGGGCAUCACUGUUCUGCAGCCGAGCGAAUGUGAGAUACGUCGACACAUGAAGCGGACAGAGAGGAUCGUUGCUACAUAUGAGGAGAUGUGCCCUAAAGGUGAGGGGGUGUCACCUCAGCACUGCGUGUGGUCCUCGGCAGUCAACAUCAGGGAUAAGUACAUCUACGUGACGCAGCCCCUCCUGAGCCGACUGCUGGUUGUCGAUAUUCAAGCACAGAAGGUGGUGCAGGCAGUAGCAACAGAUCCUUUUCCAGUGAAGAUGCUCUAUGACAAGUCACAUGACCAGGUGUGGGUCCUCACAUGGGGGGACAUGGACAGAUCACAUCCGACACUUCAGGUAAUUCCUCAAGCCAGCGUGGGAGAGGUGCAUCACGCCAUCCGCACAAAUUUCCAGAGAGUCAACGACUUCUUCAUCCCCCCGACCAACCUCAUCAUCACUCACGUGAGGUUCGCCUUCGUCUUCCUCAAAAAUGAACCUGCGGUGCACAAGAUCGACCUGGAGACCUUCCACCGAGUCAAGACCAUCAGCUUGAAGAACUACAGCUGUAUACCUGUCAGCAUGGCCUACACACAUCUGAGCGGCUUCUAUUUCGUCCAGUGCCAGAGCAAGAGCCGCCUGCAGGCCCCGCCCCAGCUACUCAUCGACAGCGUGACUGACGCGGUGAUCGGUCCAAACCUGAACCUCACCGGGCAGCCUUUCGUGUCGCCUGACGGUCGAUACAUCGUGACGCCCGACCCGCAGAGCUCAAAGCUGAUCGUACAGACAGUUUCAUUCCAGGGGGAGCUGGGUCUGAACCAAGAACUGGACGAGUCCGUCGCUGUCUCUGAUCUGGCUUUCCAGCCAUCCUUCACUGAGUCCAACCAGCACUUGGUCGUAGCCACCUCAGGCUCAGGCACGGACCUGCUAUUUGCCGAUCUGUCCUCGGGCCACACCGAGGUUCUCCGGAGCCUCAAGGAGCCUCUAGCCCCACAAGCCUGGCCCUGGGGAGGCCCCAACAGAGUGGUGGUCUCCAGCGGGUUGUUCGGACAGUACCUGGUGACGCCGGCAGCCGAGUCCCUCUUUGUCCUGAACGGCAAACAGAGAACGCCGCACUGCGAGGUGUCAGACAUCAAGAGAGGGAACACAAUUGUGUGGGUUGGUGAGGUAUGAGUAAAAAAAAAAAGAUCAAAAAAAAAGGGAAGAAAAAGAAAGCAGGGGAUGUAGGAUGAGGAGAGACGUAAAAGGGGAAAAAAAGGAAAGAUCAGGCCAAAUUACCUAUAAUAAAGAUUUAUGUGAACGUAAGUUGUGGACUCAACCCUGGGACUGAGCAAGAAGGAUACACGCCUGGGUUUAUUGUAACAAAAGUACACUUAAAAAAAAAUAGAGUAAUUGAGAAAAAAAAAAAACAUUAAGAAACCCUGUUGUGAUAUUUCUAUUGGGAGAAAGUGUCAAUGCCGUUCAGUGCAACAGUGAUCUAUGUGCACUUAACUAUACAGAAUUGUACAUUAUUGCACUUCCUUCCAUGUUAUCACAGCAAAUAGGUACCUGACGAGGGGUUAUUAACAAACUAUGAACUAUGCACAAUGCUCACUUUUUUUAGAGUAAAAAGCUUUCCGAUUUUUGUUUAUCUCAACGAUGUUUGUCGUUUUCACCAGUGCUGCAUAUAAUCACCACAAACUGUCCGUCUGUCCCGUCUGCCUUUAGUGUAUGUGUGUUCUGAGUCCUUUUAAAAAGCUACCAACCCAUCUGUUUACUCGCCUUCGUCAUGGUAUUGUACUGUAUCCUCCCUCUGAGAGCUUUCAUUCUCCUCAUGCCGGCAGAGGUUGGCUUUAUGCACUCGUGUAAUACCCUCUAUUUACAUUGUCUAUCCAAAGAGCCCGAUUGGUCCAUUAGCCGUCGACAAUGGAUGUUUUCGCUCGUGGAGGGAGCCCCGACCAGAAAUGAGCGGUACAUCCAGUGGUCUCUUGCAGUGGUAUAAUCUGUCCCCAGCUGUCUCUCACAUUUAUUCUGUACCUGCAGCACAACUCGGUGCUGUGGAGCCUGAAAAUGCCACUUAGCAGAUUCCCUCAGGGUAAUGACUCCGCUUUACGCUGACCCACAUGCCAAGGCUGCGCCGAAAGUGGCGUCAACUCCGCUAUCCGACCGGCUGUGAGCAUUUGUUCUUCCUCCCAGAGAGCCGUGCAUCAAGAUCAAACUCCAAAGGCAGGUAGAGGUGGCAACUAUUUAGCUUUCACUUUAAAACUGUAACAUACACACCGGGAGAAAAAAACAAGGCUGCAUAUCAACACCUAGCAGCCCGUUUCAAAAGUAGGGACACAUUUGAACAAACAUUAGCAAUACACGAUUUUAAGCAACAUCCACUUAUUGAUUGAACAACGUUUGUACAGGUUUCUUUAUCAUAACUCUUAUUGAUAACAAUGUGUACCUACUUUUGAAAAAGACCCCGGUAUUAUCUGUCUGGAGGCAGCAACCGAACGAACACCAGCAACUCACAAUCCAUCAAUCCAAAACCAGCCGACGUUUCCUCUCUGUGGUCGAGCUGCAUCACCUUCUGCAUGAUUUACUUUUUGCCAUCCGUGCUAAUCAUCGCAACAAUGAUCUGUCAGCAUCAAGAAAGCUUCUCGGCACCAGAAAUCACAGUAACCAUAGUGUCUCUGAAGCAUCCCUGCCUCUUGACAGUGGCGCUGGGAUGUUCUUUCUCUGACGACACACUGCGUGUCUGAAAACAGAGUGUUCUUGCUUCCUAUUUUCUCCUUACACUGCGUAGUCUUUUCUCUGUGCCUCCCAGCCUCAAAACUACGGCUAAUAAAAUGGAUAACCCCUGUAAUUCAGUUAUCAUAAAUAUUCUCUCCCUACACAUUAUAAAGUAAAUCAGAUGGUAUUUUUUGACAAGCAGCCAAAAAUAUAAGUUCUCCCUCAGUGAGCAUUUAAAUCCUUUGUAUUUGUCGAAGCUGCUUGACAUUACAUGGAUGAGACCUAAUGAAUUUGAUACUUAGAAUAACUAAUAAUUACUAAAUUUGAAAAAUGGGUUCUCCAAAGAAAAGACAAAGUUUUACAAAUAAAGUAUUACAUUUCAGUCCUUAUCUUUUCACCCCCAUGCCAAGAGAAAGUUAGGUGAAGUUUUGAAGAGAGACACAAAAUGGCUCCAUACAGCUGAUCCAAGUCGCUGCAAGUCCACAGAUCCCAAAAUGAUUUGAAAAGACACUAUUUCACCCAAUUCCAUGCCAAACAUUUCACAAGCUGCAUUAACACGGAGCCUUAUAUUUCAAUUAUAAUCUUCCUAAAAGCUUGAAAAGCAGUGCUCCAUAUAAACCCUCAAUGAGAAUACACAGAAAUGAGUUUUGAUCGGCUGCAGAGGGACAGUUUGAACACUUUUCCAACAAUUUAACCUGAUUAUCUUCUGGCUCCAUUCAUUCCGCACAUGCCCACUUGAUGUAAAUGCUCAGUGAAGUACAUGUGUCCACUUACCAAAAAUGGCGGCUUCAGUGGUCUACUGUUGAAAGUUUGCUUUUAAUACAAACUGGUAGAGAUCUUAACAUAGUAGAUGAUAGAUAUCCAUCUUUUUUUCAGACAGAACUGAUGAAAAUCACCAAAAGAGAUGAAAUAUCCAACGAGGAAGAGGAACGCAUGACAGGAGAAAACAGUUGCUCUGAGAUCUUCAGUGGCAAUGAAGAAAUAUUAUCCAUGUAGACAGGGCUAGUAUAGCUGUUAACUAAAACCGUUAGCAUCCUGAAGUGGAAGUGUUUGCUGGGCUGCAUGUCGAGGGUGCAAAUAACAUCUUUUCAAAUCAAUUUCAUUUCCAGAGAUGAGCUGCAAGGAGUCCCCAUCUACUUCAGCAAAGCACCAGAAAUGUUUGGUUGACUAUGAAUAAUCAUCCAACUUUCCAGCAUGAAGUCCAGUAGAUCAUGACUGAAUUUUCAUUUUUAAGUAUGCUCAUCAUAUAAAAACAUAAAAAUACAAACAAAACGUACAUAGAAGACAUUAUCAAGAACAAAAACUAUGUCAACUUUCUGUUAAAUCAGCUAGUGGGCUACAGAACAGUGGCUCUCAGGCUCAGACCCUGCGGGGACAGAGCAACAUUUUCCUCAUGUUGAAAUGUGAUUGGCAGCUCCCUCGCUCAAAAACUGUAUGUAAUCACGGCACAAAUACUCACAGCCUUCAGGAUCUUGUAGUUGCUGACCGAACAAAGCCCGGCCCACCCACAAAACUAAGAUGUCAAAGUCCAGCCUUGGAUGUACAACAUGUGUCGUGACUGGAAAUCUAUCUGCUCAUGUGUUGGGUUUUUUCGUUUUUUUCUCUGUUUUGUUUCUUCCCCCAGAAACAAACAGCAGCCCAGAAUUAAAUAUUAACCAUCUUCUCCUAAUACGUAGUUGUGCCUGUAACUCCCCAAUGCGAUUGCCAUGUGUAGGGUAGGAAAAAAAAAACAAGCUGUGUAAGAAAAGAAAAAAGUAAACACAAGAGUGAAGCAGACUCGUCGUUCUCGUUUGUGAUUUUUAGGUAUUUGCUGCUAAUCUGCCAUGAAACUCCAUUCUGGCGUGAGAGCCUGUUGGAUGAAACCGAUCGCAGGCUGUUUGACUUACAGGAUACCGAUUUCUUAGACCACUGUUGCACUGAGGAGAGAAAUAUAAUCCCUGACAUAUAUUUAUGUUGAUUGGAUGGACGUUUGUCUGAUUGGUAGCCCAGUUUUUUCUCACCGUGUCAAUGGAUGAAAAGAAAAAUACCCUGUUAAAGUAUUCCGGCUCUGAUGCUUCUUCAAAGUCACUACCCCAUCCAAAGUCACUCCUUCCCCCCCACCCCCACCCCGAUGGCUCCAAACGAGUAUUCCAACCCAAGACAUGCAUGUAAUGAAAUAGAUCCUCGACAUGAUUAUCAUAGGCCUCUCUCGGCGGUCUCUCACGGUCACACACGGUUUACAGUUGCUUGUGAAGAAGUCACUUUUUCUGCCCUCUCAUCGUCACGUCUGUCAGCUUAUCUCUUGAGGUCGAUUCAGCAGUUAUGACAUCGCUACUAGAGCCAAGGAGAGCAAGAACAAAGAGACUGCACCUGCGCCUGCUGAUAUAACUACAUUAUUGGCUAGCUCACGUCGUUCCGUUUCGGGUCGCCCUCAGUGUCACAUGACUUAUUUCCCGUACCUCUCCUUUAACCCUCAGAGUAACGGGGGAGGGGGGGUGGGCUGCAGAAGCUGAACUGCUUUGGUGUGAUAGACAUUGAUAGCAAACCACUGUUGUAGAUAACAUUGUUCAUGUUUAGAACACGUUCGGACAUGACAAAAACUGACUGUACAGUUUUCUUUAUGCAUUUUGUGUGUUCUGGUUUAUGAGGGAAUUGUUUUGUAAGAAAAAAUCGAAUUAAAUAUAUUGUAAAAAUCAA